GUAAUUUCGACUCUGGCGGGAGAAGAGCGGUUGCCGAUUUCAGUGGCUGCCCCCGGGUCUGGAGCCCCCGGAACCGCGAUGGCUCAGCCAGAGGAGGACCGGUGGCCUUCGCGUUUGGUCCAGAUGAAAGCAGUAGAUGAUUUGCUGAGAUGUGGGAUUUGCUUUGAUUAUUUCAACAUUGCAAUGAUCAUUCCUCAGUGUUCACAUAACUAUUGUUCUCUUUGUAUAAGGAAAUUUUUGUCUUACAAAACACAGUGUCCAACCUGUUGUGUGACAGUCACAGAGCCUGACCUGAAAAAUAACCGGGUAUUAGAUGAACUGGUAAAAAGUUUUAGUUCAGCACGGAAUCAUCUGUUGCAAUUCACCCUAGAUUCACCACCAAUAUCUCCUCUGCCUUCCUGCACAAAGAAUAUUUCUGGCAAAAUCCAAGUUUCUAAAGUUCACAUGAGUUCUUCCUUAAGACAAGAAAACAGAAUGAUGGAUUCUUACUUGGUAAAAGAAAUUCAUUCUUCUAUAAAAACACCAGAAAAGCCAAAGAGAGUCAAAGCAAGCAAAAUCAAUCCUAUAGGAAAAAAGCACUGCAGCUUUACAGAGAUAAAGGGGGCAUCAAGUGAAGCAAUAAAGGGGGCAUCAAGUGAAGCAAGCGAGGCUCAAAGAUCCCCCUCUGUUAAUGGCCUUGAGAAACCCUCUACAUCUGCUUUUAAAGAAGUUACUAAAGUGGAAUGUCCUGUUUGCAGUGUGAGCAUCCCUGAGGCCUACAUAAAUAAGCACUUAGAUAGCUGCUUGUCAUGGGAGGACAAGAAGGAAAGCCUUAGAAGUUCUGUUAAUAAAAGGAAGACAAUGCCCAAAGUUGUUUACAACUUACUUUCUGAACGGGACUUAAGGAAGAAGCUCAAGGAACAUGGACUCUCUAGUCAUGGGAACAAACAGCAGCUUAUUAGACGGCACCAAGAAUUUGUGCACAUGUACAAUGCCCAGUGUGAUUCUUUACAUCCCAAGUCAGUUGCUGAAAUAGUUAAAGAAAUCGAAAAUAUGGAGAAGACUCGUCUACAUCUUGAAUCAAAUAAACUGAAUGAAAAUGUCAUGGUAUUUACAAAGAACCAGACAGAAAAAGAAAUAGAUGAUAUUCACAGUAAAUAUCGUAAAGAACAUCAAAAUGAAUUUAAACUUCUAGUGGAUGAAAUAAAAAACCGGUACAAGAAAGCUGGCAAACUGCUGACCAAAGAAAUAAAGCAGGAGGUAGAGGGAUCCAGGGAAGAGUUAUUGCCAGUAACUAUGGGAGAAGAGGAUAGUAAACCAAUACUCACAGAUCUGAGCUCACCUACAGUCCUGGUGGAAUCCCAGAUAGAGAUGGAACAAGUUGCAAUAGAUGACUCUUCUAAUUUAUCUGAAGUUCAGGAAACUCCUCUAUUCACUACAUCAGAUUCAGGAAGCAGCUCCAGCUCAGACAUCAUAAGAGACCUCAUAGAGGAAAAGGAGUUUUUGGAAGCAAGAAGCAGAAAUAAAAGCAAGAAGAUGAGCACUAGAAAAGCAUGUCGUUCCAGAACACCAGAAAGCGACUGUAGUAAUAGAAGAAGUAAGCGUAUCAAAAAUUAGACUUCCUGCUGACUUUUCGAAGUACAGAGAUCAAAGUAUGAUACAUUUUGUUAUCCUAAGGACUUCAUAUUCUUUGUCUUGUCUGUCCAUGGGGAAAGUUAAAAUUCUCAAAUUGGUUGUUUAAGAUGCUGAUAAUACAUUUAUGCUGACUUUUGUUUAACGCAGCCUUGCACAAACCAAACAAAUCUUAAACCCUGCUUAUUUGAUCUUCCAUUUCUUCCCCCAUCACUAAACACCGUCAUACGCAGCCAUAUCUCACUCCCCUCAGGGUUGGAAUGCUAUUGGCACAGUGGCAAACUCUUGGGUUUUGUUUCUUAAUCAUUAAAUAUCCCUGGGGUUAUCAUAAAAUUAAUAUCAUAUAAUUUAAUAAAAUAUCAUAAAAUCAUAAAAUACCCAUGGGCCAGUUAUUCUACUAGUCCAGGGGCUUCUGCUUCUUUCCCACCCCAAUGAGACUAGAAGUAGGAAAACUUGGUAGUGGGAGAAGACAGUAGGGUAUCUGUGGAAAGUGGGGUACAGGCCACUGAAGUGAGCAUUCAUUUAUGUUUCUGAUUUAGGAACAUACAGUAAAUUACAGUGAUUUUAUGUGUUAAAUCCUGGUAGAUAUAAUUUAGCAGAAUGUUAUCAUGCACCUAGCUUGACAGCCUGUUACUUUUGCAUAAAAGACUAAUUAAUAUUUUCAUUUAAAAAGUCAUCAAUGUUUUAAAAUAAUUAUAAAAUGUAUUACAACUCUCGAAAAGGCACUUAAAGAUUUAAAUGACUCCACUGAUUAGUAUUUGUACCUAAUAAUUCCUAAACCAUAGUCUUGAUAUUUUAUAUUUCUGACAAUUAAAAUUUAUGAAUAAAUAAAUUGAGUACUUCAUAUGUCAAUCUAAAUAUGCCUUUAUUUACAUUAAAAAUAAGAUUGGAUAUAUUAUGUAUUGGCACAACAGAUGCUUCCCCAACAAGCAUUCAAACAAAUCCCUUUUAAAAAUACAUUCUCAGAGAAAAUAGCUUGAUUAUAAGUUGUUUGGAAAGGAGAUGUGUGCUUUAACUUUGCAGUAUAAUGCUAAUUGUUGGCUGUUGUGUUUGGCCAUAGUUUUUUUGCUUCUCUAUGUUGACUCAGUUUAUAUUGUUGUAGUCAUUAUGUAUAAAAUGUGCCUUUAAAAGAAUAUGCACUAUGAAUACUUUAGCCAUUAAAUGGGCCAGGAGGAAUUCUUACCUACCUGCAGAAUGACGCCUGAUGUCUAAUAAAUGCUUGUUGAAAUAUUAUCUGGUGUCCCCCCCUCCCCCAGAUUUCUCAGGGCCACUCUUUGUACUACAAAGCCCCAAAUUUCUACCUCUCCACUUAGCAUACUAAGAGUUCAUUAAAGGACAGGAGCAAGCACUAGUAAUAUGACGACAACACAUUUCUAAAUUUGCUAGUGACAACAUUAAUUUCUGCCUAUUUCCAAAGUCUGUCCCCAUUGACCUUUCCUCUCCAUUAUAUGUUUGGGAACUGAAGUUAAAAAGUGGAGUCUUAGUAUGUCUGAGGGUUGAGUUAAUUUCCUAAUCAAAAUGACAUUUUGUCUUUUUUAUGACUACCCUGUAUCAUAUAGUUACAUAAGAAUGUCUCAUUUUGAUAAGUAUGGACUGGAGCCCAGAAUAGGAGGCAAAGGUGAACAAUUUUAACAAAAUAGUGCUUAAGACUGAAGGAUUUUCAUACCUGCGCUACAAUUUAUGUUAAAAUGAGGCAUCAUAUAUAAUUAUGUAACACAGUCUGUUAUGAAUUGUUUUCUGAACUCAACAUAGUUUUUUUUUCUCUAUGACUUUAUGCAAGUUGUCUCCUGUGUCUGGGAGGUACUCUCUCCUCACCUCCAACUGGUAGAAUCCAUAGCUUUCUCUAUAUUGAGGUAUUCUCUUAAUCCUCAGUCUUCUUUGUGAAGCCUUUCCUGACCUCGAAUUGUGAAUGCUCUCUUCCUUCUGAAAUUACUUUGUAUUUACUUCUCUGUAUUCAUUUUGUAUCCCUCAAAACAACUCCCUGAAGGUAGGGACUGCUUUGUUUUUGUCUCUGUAUUCCCAGCACUCAGUGCAUAGUCAAUGCCUAAUAAAUUUUUGUGAAUUAAGUCAGUAGCUUCUUUUUAGUUGAAAGAUUUGAAAGCACCCCUUUCGUCUCAGCGCCAUCAAGGUGAAACAUUAAGUUAAAUUAUUUUUCUACAAAUAAGUUAAGGCCUGCUUUCAGAAGCUUCUCUAACAAAUGUAGCUGUUCUUUGCUAUUAUAAAAAGCUCUAUCAGUACCUUGAUAAUUUAGUCUCCUGCUCUGGGAUUAUUUCGUUUGCCAUGUGGCAAUUUAGAACUGUUACAAUGAUACUGGUGUGACAAGUGCAUAUUUAAAUAUCCUAAAUAAAGAUAAUAUGUUACCU